CGAUGAUAGAAAAACUAUCCAAAUAUUUCUAUAAAAAAUGACAAAUUUGAUACACAUACACAUACAUACGUAUAUGUGUGUGUAUUAUGUAUUAUUAUUAUUUUUAAGAAAGUAUUUUCUUUGUGUGCAAGUUAUUUGCUUUUUAGACCGAGAAAAGCUGAGUCGAAGUCUCGCUGCCCCGACUGGUUGGAUCAAUAUUCCUCAUUUCAGGUGCACUUGACAAAUUUAGCUAUGUCUACCUCUGCAAUUGAUGUUCCUCCCAAGGGUGGCUUUAGUUUUGAUCUCUGCAGAAGAAAUGAUAUGCUUGCAAAGAAGGGUCUUAAAUCACCCUCUUACCUUAAGACUGGAACUACCAUUGUGGGUUUAAUCUUCCAGGAUGGUGUUAUUCUUGGGGCUGAUACACGUGCUACUGAAGGGCCUAUUGUUGCUGACAAAAACUGUGAGAAAAUUCAUUACAUGGCACCAAACAUAUAUUGUUGUGGAGCUGGAACUGCUGCUGAUACAGAGGCAGUAACUGACAUGGUUAGCUCCCAAUUGCAAUUGCAUCGCUAUCACACUGGCAGAGAAUCAAGGGUUGUUACUGCAUUGACUCUUCUCAAGAAACACCUUUUUGGUUAUCAAGGUUAUGUUUCGGCCGCUUUGGUGCUUGGUGGGGUUGACGUUACUGGACCUCAUUUACAUACUAUCUAUCCUCAUGGAUCUACUGAUACCUUGCCAUUUGCAACAAUGGGUUCGGGCUCUCUAGCUGCAAUGUCUGUAUUUGAAUCAAAGUACAAAGAAGGCCUGACCAGGGAUGAAGGGAUUCGACUUGUAACUGAGGCGAUAUGUUCUGGGAUAUUUAAUGAUUUGGGGAGUGGAAGUAACGUUGAUGUUUGUGUUAUUACCAAGGGCCAAAAGGAUUAUCUGAGAAAUCACCUCCUGCCGAAUCCUCGAACGUACGUUAGUUCAAAAGGUUAUUCCUUCCCCAAGAAAACGGAGGUUUUGCUGACAAAGAUUAUGCCAUUAAAAGACAAGGUGGAGAUUAUCGAAAAAGGCGAUGCUAUGGAGGAGUGAGAAAGAUGAAAACAUUGGUUUGCAAUUACCGGGGAAUUUUAAACUAUGGUUUUUUUCCCUUCCCUCUCUUCUCAAGUUGAUAUUAUUAGAAAAUUCAGUUUGGCCUUGAGUUGAUGUUGUGAAUGACUUGAUUUAAACAUUACAAUAUUUCCAGCCCAAGAGGGGUAUUAGAUAGAUCAGUUUGUUCAAAUCACUCAACUUCUUUAGAGUUUGACUACUUAGCUUUGUCUGAUCUUUGAUAUCUUUGACAUUUAAAUGAACAUGAGGGUCAUCAACUUUGAUUUA